CAACCUCCUCGCCCCAAGCGCCGCAAGAUCGGACGGACAUGUUGGCACUCCGCGCGCACGCAGUGCAGGCGAAGCGCAUGCGAAGCGAGGGCGGUCGCGGGACCUCUGGCCGCUUCGGCGCGUUUGGAAACGAUGCUCUUGGCGCACAGUCGCGUCGCCAGUAGUUAACGAUGAUCCGCAGUCGGUCGACGGUGCGAGGAAAGCGGCCCAGGCUAAAGGGAGCGGCAGUCCUCGUUGACCCCGUGACGGUGUGAAAAACAAUGCAAGUAAGGCUUCCACCGGGUGGCGUUGCACUGUACGUCUGCCUUUCGGUGCUCGCUUGUGGACUGGCGCACGCGGAUGCUGGCUCAGGCGACAGCACCGUCGGCCAAGAUGGCGCGCUCGACUGUCCUGAAAUGUGCAAGUGCCGCUCAACAGAUUCUUCAGGAGCGCAACGUGUCAUCUGCGUGGGACAGCUGCGCAGAGCUGUGCCGAAAGACCUCCCACCUCGGGUUGCAUCACUCGAUCUCUCACGGAACAAGAUCAGAAGAAUUAACUCAAGCGAGCUGAGUCCUGUAAACUAUACACAUGCAAGUUACCUGAGACACCUCAAUCUGCACCAGAAUCUUAUACAAGAAAUAAACGUUAAUAGCUUUCAAACGCUAGUCUCUCUACAAGAGCUGGAUGUAAGUGACAAUGUAAUUUAUGCCAUCCAUGUAAAUAGUUUUGAUGCUCUUGAAGCUCUUACUGUGUUAAACCUUUCUGGAAACCAUCUGGACCAACUCAAACAUGAAUGGUUCCAAGGACUUUCCAACUUGACUGUGCUCGACCUUUCGCACAACAAGAUCCAAGCAUUGAACAAUGUAGUGUUCUGGUCACUCCACCAUCUGGUGCACUUGCAUGUGGAUUACAACAGAAUCAGUUCUGUGGGGCUCUUAAGCCUGAAGGGUCUUGACUCUCUCCAGUAUCUUAAUGUUAGCCACAAUAACAUUAUGACCAUACAAACUGGCACACUGCGACCAACGCCAAAUCUGGACGUACUGGACAUGAGCUACAACCCAAUCACAAGCCUUUAUGAACCAUUUAAGCAUGGGCAUAACAUUCGCAAACUACAUGCAUCUCACCUAUACAAUCUUUCUCACUUGUCAAAGGCAGUCUUUACAGACUUGGAUAGUGCAGAAGAAGUGUUUAUGAACAACUGCCCUGCCCUAGAGACAGUGCAGAGCGAUGCUUUCUCGCCACUGAAAGCUGUUCGCAAGCUGGACUUGCGUUUCAACAACUUUACCACUCUUCCAUCUGGAUUGUUUGACCAGCUGCUACAAAUAGAACGGGUUCGUCUCAAUGGCAAUCCAUGGUUCUGCGACUGCCGCCUUCACUGGCUGCUACUGUGGCUACGUGACAAUGUGCGGGCCCACAUCUUGUCACCGUCAAACACCCUUUGUGCCAAGCCAUCAAACCUUACUGACAUCACAGUGCUUGAUGCUGUGGACAAGCACAUGGUAUGCCGCAAGGCUACAGUGAUUGAGCACACAACCCAAGCACAUUUUAGGCUGUUUACAUCAGCUGUGCUCUCAUGCCGCGUUGAUGGAAGCCCUGCUCCUUCAAUAACCUGGACCACACCACACAAGCACCGCUUCAACUGGACAGCGGAAUAUGGCGCAUCUGUUGGAAAUUCUUCUCUCAAUGGACGCGUGGACAGGGGCGACUGCCCGAAGUUUGUGCUCCUUCAGAAUGGCGACUUGUUUGUGCGUGAGGUCCAACGUGGUGACAGUGGUCAUUACCGGUGCACAGCCACCAAUGUGCUAGGCCACCAGACGGUCGCCAUAAGACUCACCCUAGACUAUGACUUUCUGGUGAAUGUCAAAAUAGUGAGUGUGCUUGUGGGGUGUGCUACAGCAUUUUGUUUCGUGCUUAUCACAAUGGUGGUCAUGGUAGUCAGUGCCAUAUUACGGAGAUUUGGGGUGGAGUGUCCGUGCUGCAUGAUGGGAGAGUCGCCACGCGCACGACAGCUUUAUCGCAUGCUCGAAAGUCUUGAGCACUACCGAUGCCAGCAGCUGGAGCGGCUUCGAGACAACUAUGCCUGUCAAGUGCUUAGGAUCAAGGAGAACUGUACCCAGCAGAUGGAGAAGAUAAGGGAAAGUUACACUGGCCAGACAGAUCGACUGAGGGACAUCUGUGACUAUGGCACUGCACAAAUCACGAACAUGAGGGAUAACUACUAUUCACAGAAAGAAAGGACAGUCAGUGAAUGUCAUUCCUCGCAUUGGCAGCAAGUUCAACAAAACGUGGCAUUCCCUCUGCAGCCCAUGGGUUGGUGAAGUGUUACACUACAUCCUGCAAUGUAGUAAUAUCCUGUGAACAUCGCUGAAGACAGUACAGUGGGACCUCAUUUAUUUUGACUCCAAGGAGACUGGAACAUUAUUCAAAUAAAACAGAGUUCGAACGGAGAAGAGUCCCUUUACUUUAAUUAUUGUGCUUGACAAUUCACAUGGUAGAGCACGCAAUACAGUCGCUGACCAACAAUUUGAAAUCAGUGGAGGCUGUCUUUAAAAGCCAGAAUAAAUAGAGUCCGAAAUAUCAAACUCACCAGAAAACAAGUGUUUAUUUCACAAGCGUCCAGAAAAGCUGGCCAACGUGUUACUGCACGAAUGCUUGCAUGUGACCUGGCCACUGUUGUUUGACCACAGCCAUGGCAUUCACUACAGACAAACGAAAGUUCAGCCGCCAAAUGCAGAAAAUUUCCAUCCCACGCAACUUAAAUAGAAGCUGAUCAUGAUCCAAUUGCCGUAUGACCACAGGUUUCUUCGAAACAGUCAUUGCCGGGCAGUUUACUCACUUAAUCGCUGCCCUAUUCAACGGAGACAUUGAGGGUGAAGUUGGCACAGUCUGAAGCUACCUGAUGAUUGCGGGUAUCUAAAAUUCCUAACAGCAGUCAUAGAUGUCGCCGAAGACUGUCGCAACAUAACAUGCGAGGGGACAAAUCUGGACAUGUGGAACUCAUGUGAUAAAAUGCAAAUGCACUCCUUCAAUCAGCAGCUUAAGAAAUUCAAGUGGUCAAACUGCUCUAAAUUUUUAGAUUUCCCGAUUUAUUUUGUUUCGCAAUGCUCGGACCUUAAUUUACCUCCUGGUGAAAUACAUAUAACAAAAUGCGUGGCAGUCGAGAAAACAGCACUUUCCUAGAGUGCUGUCACUAAAUAUUGUAGGGGGGGGGGAAGAAAAAAAGGGGGGGGGGGGCUUCGGUAGGCACUGUUGUGCCAUUACCUCCAGCCCGGAUUCCGAAUCUGCAAGAUGCAAAAUUAUCCUUCGAGCGCCCGAAUUCUCCCUUGAAAAGUCAAGAUGCUGAGCCGUCAGGCAGCGGUGUCCUGCGAGAGAAGCAUCGGCGAGCCACUUUGUUCGGACGUGUCGCCAAGUGCCAGACAGCCCAGCGCCGUAGACACCCACUAGGUGACCUCCGGCCCUUGCCUGAAGGUCACCGCGCCCGCCACAAUUGAACCAGGUGGCCAGCGCGGUCGCUGGUUGGACCUCUCGGACGACCGUCGAGUGCUCGCUUUAUAUUGGGCCGUUUGGGUGACAAUGGUUUUGGGGGCUUAUAAGCAGAGGCGCGCCGCCUGAAAAACCGGAUCCGCCGACCCACCGGGAGCCAGUGCCGCUCUCGACUGGAGCGAGAUGUGUCACGCAUUUUCGCCGGACGUUGCCGUGCGGGAACAGUCGCGUUUGCUGUGAGCUCUCGGCCCCAGUGUCGAUCCCUUCAUGUCCUGUAUAAUGACCUGUAUAUAGUGUAUAAAGUCCCUUUUGUUAUUCUCAUCGA